CGGUGAAGACGGGACGAAAAGUUCCACGGACGUCGGGACGCGCGCGAAACAAAUCUUCGUUCGCGACGCGCGCGCGUCCGCGACGGGGCGCGCUCGAGGCGUGGACGUCGUGCCGAACGCGACGACGGCGCGCGAGGUGCUGGCGCGGGCGCUGCGCGCGAGCGAGCGCGAGGACGUGCGAGGAUUGGCGCUGACGCGGCGGCGGCGGCCGGGCGAGACGGCGGCGCGCGCGGAGUACGCGGACGACGACGUGAUCGACGCCGACGCGACGUCGAGGGGCGCGAGCGAUGUGUACGAGAUCGUUCGGCGACGCGGGGGGGACGGACGGGCGAUGACGCUGGGAUUGCUGGGGGGGGGCGGCGACGGCGGCGCCACGGGCGCGGAGUCGCGUUCGGCGUAUUUGGAGAUGUACGCGUGGAACGGGGGGACGACGUUCAGUCGGAAGAAGGAAAGUCUCGGCGGGUUCGUGCGGUAUUCCGCGCAAAGUACCGUGCGCGAUAGGGACGAGGCGGAGGAGGAUUUGGCGCGAUGGUUCACGUGCGCGUUGACGGAGGAACCGCUCGAGAGCGGGGAAAACGGCGUCGUCGUCGAUCGCGUCGGGGCGCUGUAUAACAAAGAGCCCGUGCUGAAGGCGUUGCGCGAUAAAGCCAUCGACGGCGUCGCGCUGCCGAAACGCAUCGAGCACAUCACCGGGAUGAAGGCGCUCGUGACGUGCAAAUUUGAGAAGCGGCGCGCGGACAAGUCGUCCAAGGUUGAGUCGUCGUCGGUGAACGCGAGAAACUUUCGAUGCGGCAACGCCGAAGCGGUGUUCGCGUGCCCGAUCACGGGGCUAGAUUUCAACGGGAAGACGAAAUUCGUCGUCAUGCGUCCGAGCGGCGUGGUCGUCGCGGACAAAGCGCUUCGCGAGGCCAAGGCGGCGGUGGAGGAAAUGAACGACGGAUUGAAACUCGCCGACGCGCCGCCGCCCAUUCCCGUGAAUCCUCGUGGCGAAGAGCUCGAGCUUUUGAAGGCUAUUUUAGACGAAGAGAAAGCGAAGAAAGACAGCAAGAAGAAGGCGAAAAGAGGCAAGUCGGACGCGACGCGCGGCGACGCCGGCGAAAACGCCGCAAAGCGUAAAAAGUUUGUCGCUCAGGCGCCAAAAAAUGCCGACGCCGCGGUGUACGCGUCGCUCUUCACGUCCUCCGCCGAUCCCGCGGACGAUAAAGACGACGACUUUUUAGCCAGAAACGCUCGCAAGGCGUGGUAGAUUGUUUGAGACUGUAAUUGUUUGAUACCGAUUGAUAACGCGCGGUGUCCUUUUGUUUGAAAUUCUACGAAGAUGUUGAUUCAAUUCGAUUGGUUGUUACAAGCGAGACGACGCGUCUGCGUCCUCACGCGUCGUCGUCGUCGUCGUCGUCGUCGCCCGACUUUUUCGACUUGCGGAAGAACAAGAUUUUAUCCAUCAAGCCGCCCUUCUUUUUCGCGUCGGCGUCGCCGCCGAGACUCUGUGACUUUUUACGACGCAUCGAGAACAAGCCUCCCUUUUCUUUGAUCGCUCUGUCCAAAAGAAGCUUUAAAUACGAGGCUUCUGAUUUUUCGUGUUGACGACACGCGAUGCGCACGUCGUCCGUCGAUCGCAGCGUGAUGUGGUGCUUGUCUGCGUCUUCAAACUUGAUCGAGUACGACUCGAUGAACACCUUGCCCACGGCGAUGACGAGCUCUUCGAACGACACGUCUCGUUCGAGCUCGAGGAAUCGAAUGUCCUCGUCCAAGAAGAGUUUCACUUGAAUCUUUUCCGUUUCGUCCACCUCGGGCGGUUCAAACGUCUUCAGGCGAUCGAUUUCGUCCAUCAUCUCUUGAAUGUCUUCGUUGAGGCGUUGAAUCUCUUCCUCGGCGCGCACGCGCAACUCUUCCUUUGCGCUCACGGCUUGUUGUAAACUUUGACGAAGCUUUUGCUCGGCCUCGAGCUGCUUAAUCAAGUGCUCGCGUUGCUUGCGCUCGUUGUCAAAGUCGCUGAGAAUGUGCAAACGAGAUUUACGCUCGGCGUCCAAUUGCUUUUGCAACGCCGUCUUUUCGCGCGCUUCGCCGUUGAGCUGAUCCCGCGCCUGCUUCGCCUCCUUCUCCGCGACUCGAAUCUUUUCGUGCGCGGUGAAUUGCACCUUGCGUUCGUCUUCCAACAAUUGUCGCGUCUCGGCGUGCGCGCGGCGCUCCUCGGCGAGCUCCGAGCGCGUCUCUUCGAUUUGUUGCAAGCGUUGUUCGAGCUGCGUGAGCAAGUCUUGACGCGAGUGCGUGAAUUGCGUUUGUAAAUUCGUCUGCAACCCGCGCGUUUGCUCGAGUUGGCGAAGCAACGAGCGUCUUUCUUCCUCGCCCUGCACGAUUCGCGACUCUUGCUCCGCCCGGCUCGCCUCGGAUUGACGCAGCAGCUUUUGCAACUCUUCGACGUCGCCGCGUUGACGAAGAAAUUGUUCGUACACGCCCUCGCGAUUGUCCGCCUCGCCCUCGAGCAUCUCGCGAAGCGCCAUGCGCUGCGACUCGCUGUCGUCCAACUGUCGCUGCAAAUCGUCUCGCUCGCGCUCCUCGGCGUCGAGCAGCUCUUGCAAGCUCUGCGUUCGACGCUCCUCCUCGUCGAGCUCGCGUUCCGCCUCGGCGCGCGCGCGUCGCUCGCGCUCGAGCGCGAGCUCGUAAUCGAUCUCCACCCCGGGCUUGGUGUACCGAUCGCCCGCGCGCGUCGGCAACAGCGUCCACUGCCGAAUGCAAUCCUCCACCCAGACGUGAUUGACGACUCGCGCGCGUCCCGCGAGCACGGCUUGCGCGUACGCCGGCGACCCCGCGCGACGGCACACCAAGUGCGUCGUCUGCGCGCUCACGUCCUCGUCCGCCCUCCCCCCCGCGGCUUCGAUCAGUUCCACGAUAUCUAACUUCUCCUGCCCUUCGUACCCGUCCACGACGACGCACAGCGUCCCGAAUCCGUCCACGCCUUCGGCGCUUCGCAGCGGCGCGUACAGCGCCUUGGCGUCUCGGUCCACAAUCUUCUUUUGCGUCGCGCAAUCCUCGAUCCACGCGUACGACACGACGAUUUUCCCGUCCAUCAUCCCGCGCUCGUACCCCUCGCCUCGCUGAAACGGCGUCACCACGUGCGUGCACGCCUCGUCGUACCGUUCCGUCGCCGUCGCCCCCAGCGCGCGCAAUUCUCGCGCGAUUUCAAUCGCAUCCUCUCUCGCGUACUCCGUCACCGCGAUUCGCGCGUUCGCCCAGUACGACGCCCCGUCGUUCGCGUCGUCGUCGUCGCUCGCCUCUUCCCUCGUUCGUCCCGCACGUCCUCGUCGCCCUCGCGCGUCGCGCGUCCCGCGUCUCGCGACGUCGUCGUCCCGCGACGUCGCGUCGUCGCGCGUCGCCGUCUCGCGCGCGUUCGCGUCCGCUCGACGUUCAGCGCUCGACGCGUCGCUCGAGGUGACGUCGUCCGACGUCGCGUCGUCGCUGAACGUCGGUCUCGGCGGCAGCGCCA